AUGGGUAUUUUAAAAAAAUACUUUAUAAUAUUUUUAUUAAAUUGUAUUUUAAAUGUUUCAAUAAGCAGUGAAAAUAAACUAAACAAUACUUAUUUCUUUGAUUUAUACAAUAUUUACGUUUUGGAACAUUCAUCUAAAGAUUUAUGGACAUGUAAUGAUAAAGUUACGAUAUUCAUUGAAAAAGAAAUUUAUGUUACAUCUGCUACAUGUUCCAAAUCUAGUAAUAUUAUCACUUUGACAUGUGAUAGUCAUAAGGAUGCAUAUCAAUUUGUUUCAUUACCUUCAAAUACUAUUAAAACUUUUAAAAUUAAAAUAUCUGUUGGCAAUGAAUCUUUUGAUGGAACAUUUGAUGCAAAUAUGACAAAUUUAAUGUCACCACAGAUUGUUCUUAUCAAUGCAACAAAUAUUUCUGAAGAUAUAUUAACAAAUUCUACAGAAAUUGAAAAAAAUUUUUUUAAUGCCUAUAUUGUUUUUAUGAUUGCUCCUACUAGUACUUUAUUUAAUAAAACACAAUCACAAGGACAAUUAAGUUAUAUUAAUGUUGUAUUUUUAAUAAUAAUAAUUGUAGCAAUAUUAUCAUCAAUAAUUAUAUUAUGGAUAAUAAUGUGGAAAUAUGCUAAAAAACGUUGUUGGAAGAAAAAAAAUAUUAAUAAUAAUACAAAAAAAAGAAGUACAAAAGUAUUAUAUAAUGAUAACAGUGCAUGGAUUGAUAUAAAUGAGUUACCAUCAUUAAAAAAUUUAAGCAUUUCAUGUGACAAUUUUAAUGAAUCUAAAGAAGAAGAAAAAAAAAGAACACGACCGCAAAGUAGUAUCAUAGAUAAUCGACCAAAAUUAAUGAAUAAAAAUAUCAAUACAUUUAGACAAGAAUCAAUUAAUACUGUCUACCCAGUUUAA